GAUAUUGAAGUACAGUGAGAUCAUUUCCUUCAGCAAAAUGGUUGCCCAUGCCAACAUUCUUCUGUCGAAAUGUGCUCAGUUUCGUAACGAAAGUCAAUUCAUCGACGUUCGAUUAAAAGUUGGUGAAGACAUCUUUCCAGCUCAUCGCAUCGUGCUGGCUGCGAAUAGCGAUUAUUUCUACGCCAUGUUUACUGAUGGAAUGAAGGAGUCUAACCAAGAAGUCAUCGAGUUAAAGGAUGAAAGCAUUUCACCUGAUGUCUUUAAGAUCAUAUUGAACUCCAUCUACACUGGAGAUCUUCUUGUAAACGAGGAAAACGUGUCCAAGGUUCUUGCUGCUGCAGAUCAUCUUCAAGUUGCGAGUGCUGUUCAUCAAUGUUGUAAUUUCCUACUGACCGAGUUCGUCAAGAUUCGCUUCGACUUUGAAACUUACUGUCGCAUCUGGGAAAUCGCGUUGAGCUAUGGGCUGAAAGAUCUGCAAGACGCUGCAGAGUGUAACGUAGCUAAGAUGUACACAGAUGUUUGUGAGAGCAAGGAAUUUUUGACGCACAUCGGUGGAAACCAGUUAACCAGCCUUCUCAGCAGAGAUGACCUCAAUGCACCUUCUGAGACGUUCAUCCUCAAAUCUGUGAUGCAAUGGAUUAACUACAAAAAGGAAGAGAGGAUGGCAGUCGCAGCCAAAGUUAUCGGAGCUGUUCGUCUGGGGCUGGUGGACAUCACGGUUGCGCUCGACGACCUGAAUACGGAGGAGAUGCAGCAAGUGCCUGAUAUUCACAAACAAGUCUAUGAGGCAGCAGUUUAUAAACACAAGCCAUCUCAUAAACCCAAGUCUUUUGGGGACCAAACGAAGCCACGAUCAAAAAGCCCGGUUCUUGUUGCUGUUUCGCCUCGCUCAAUUUUGCAGUUUUUUGAUGUCGGAACUAAGACUUGGAAGCCGUCGCCAGUCUUUACACCAGCUACUCUGGCGACCCAUUGUUACUCUGCGGUGUCUGCUGCCGAUAAGUUAAUGGUUGCCGCAAAUGACUCCCUUGGUCACUGCCUUUAUCGCUAUGACCCGGAGACAAAUGUGUGGGAGAGGCUUCCUCAUUCAUGUGGUGAAAUAAAACAUCUUUGUGUUACAGCAGAGCACCUGUACGCAUUUCCCGCUAACUGCAAACAGCAUUCUCAAAAGUACAAUUUCGCUCAACGUAAGUGGGAACACUUUCGAAGAGUAGAAAUAACUUUCAAUGCUAAGAGUUUGUUUUUCUAUAGUGGUAUAGCAGUAUUAAACAACAAAGUUUAUGUCCUCUAUGUAGAGAAAAGUCAAACGAUCAUGAAUCAAGCCGUAUUACACUGUUUUGAUCCACCAAAAGACCAAUGGGAGAAAAAAGCAAACACUUCCCAAUUCCACUUUGGAUCCAGUCUUCUAGUAGUAAACGGUAAACUUUACGUUGCCGGGGGCAACGUUUCUUGCGACCACGCCCAUCGUCCAUAUGGUAAUCCUGCCCCUGUAGAAAUGUAUAACGAAGAAACCAACGCUUGGACUGUUGUUGAACACAAAAAUGUUCUCGCCUUCAGCAGUCUUGGUGCAGUGGAAAUAGAAGGGAGGGUGUAUUUUAUCAUCAACCAAUUUCCUUAUGACAGUGGAAUCAGACUCACUCACGGGGAGCUUAAUCAUACAGUUCUGCAAGAGUGGGAAAAUUUGGCAAAAAUUGACCAAGGUGCAGUUCUUAGUUAUUUGGCUGUCAAGAGGUUUUAAGGAGUGAGAAGAAUGAGUCGUGUUAAGAGUGCUAGUGUUUUUUUGUUUAUUUGAAGCAAAACUGGUGAAUAUUUGUCGGAUUUCGUA